AGGAGGCGGAGGAGGAGAGAGAGGAGAGGGGGAGAGCUGUAUUUGGAAAGUCAGAGAAAAGCUGAGAGUGGGAGAAGAAAGUUGACAUCGUGUAAAGAUGUGCUGCAACCGCAGCGAGGAUUAAUGAAAGACCUUCUCCUGUCUGUGAGGAGGAGAGAGAGCGAGCCGAGCAGGAUGCGAGGGAGGCUGUGCAGGGGGAAGGGGUGUCUUUGACAAAGCAUGCACAUUACUGCUGCCAGGCUGCACAGGUGUGUUAGGCGCAUCUGAGCGCAUCCACAGCCGCAUCAGCACAGCUCGACGGAGGGAUGCCGUCAAGUUUGACUCAUGCUCUGUAACACAUCCCCUCUCUCACACAAACACGUGUAGGAUAGGACACACACACACACAUAUAUAUAUAUAUAUAUAUAUACACACACACACACACUUUAUGCACAUGCCCACGCUGAGAGCAAACCAGUGGAUCGGUGUGUAACGGAAUUCAGUGUUGUUGGAUGGUUAAAACUGGGACGCUGGAUUCUCCCGUUUCUCCUCGGAGGACUGGUCCUGAGGACAGGACAGGACGGAUCCGAGUUUCCAGCGUAAAGACCGGUACAUCCUCAUCGGAGAACUGGAUAGAGAGCUGCCCAACUCUUCGUCUAUCCUGAAUGAAAGCCUCUUAAGGUGGACGGGGUACAUUAAAAAUACAUGUCCCAAAGGAGCGUUGACGUGACAAGCAGCAGACCCGCGGCCAUAAAUCAACACCAGAGGACUUUGAUUUCUUCAUUAUCACUUCCUGCGGCAACAACAGAGGAACAGGCGUGUUGGCAGGCCUGCUGACCUGCGGAUGUGCACCGUAGGAUUCUAUUUCUGGAGCCUCAUUGCUUUUACAGAUUAACUGCCCUCAAAUAUGGCCCCAAUCCGUUCAUUGCGCCACUAGUUUGACUGCUGCUGGAGGUUGUGCAUAUAAGCUUCAAAACAACCCACUGUGCGUCAGUCUAGUCAUUUGAAGGCCCGCUGCCUUUGGCCUGUUUUUUUUUUUAAAAGCAGUAUCAGUGCUCUUUUUUUUUCGGACUCCUGCAGAGGAACAAACCUGCAGCUGCAUGUCAUGACAGCUUGAAAGUCAUUUUUGUUGUUCUCCUUACAAUCAUUUCUCCACUUACUCAAGUCAUUGUCAUUUCCAUCCAGGGAAAGAUUGACGUCCAAUGCUUUCGCGUUAAAAACAACACCCUGCUCAGAUUAAGACUUCAUAUUUAUUGCAAGAGAUCCUGAGGGCAAAUCACACUGAAAUCACUUUGCCCAGUAUUUUCAUUAGAGUGUCUGGGGCUAAUCAAGGUCUUCCAUCAUCAGAAUUGACAUUUCCAUAUUGUAUGAGGGAGAAGUAGCCAACAUUAGCAUAUUCAUGAACACUGACACACUCAAUCAUGUGAAAUGGAAGACAUGGGGCAAACUCUGAGCCAUCAAGCCCUGAAACAAAUAGCUUAUGACAUGUGAGGAGAAGAGGAUCUUGAAUCCCUCCGCGCAACUUCACCACAUCACAUAGCACACAGGAGAAAGCUACCACUGGCACAUUAAGGUUACUUCAUAAACCUGCCGUGUGUUGUUGGCCUCUGGACCAAGGCCUGUAAUAAGAGAAAAAUUAAAGAAUAGGAUUAAAGAUGGAUUAUCACCGAAACACUAAAGCCAGCAAAGCAGCUGCCUUUGCAUAAACCCAUCGGACACUCUUCAGGGAGAGCGAUUUGUAGAUUACAUUUGGUUGUUGAUGCUGUGGCCUCUUGUGUGGCUGGUAUUAAAAGAGAGGCAUGGAUAAUCUAGAUGAUCUGGAGCACCCUCUUCUGGGGGAAAGCCCCAAUAACAGCCGGGCAUCAGUGCAGGGACCAGGGCACGGGACUGGACAGGCCCCUGGCGGGCUGUUCAAGGGCAUCUUGGUUAAGUGCGAGGAGGACAGGGCCUACCCUCCUUUAGCGUGGAGGAGCUAUUGUGGACAUCCUCCUGAACUUCAGCAGCAGCAGCUACUGGACCCUUGCUCCUUACCUCGCACACUGGAGUCCUUUUACCCACCAGCCCCCAUCUGGGGCCACGCAGACCCCCUGCUCAGCAAAGACUACCUGGAGACCACCUUUAUGGACAUUCGGCCUGGGUCCACACUGGAGAGGAAGCUGCUGGCCGAGACACAGGACUAUAACAGUGUGUCCUACAGCAUGGAUGAUGAGGACGACCUGCUUCCCGACUCUGACGACUCAUCAAUUGAUGACUUCAGUGAUACAGACAGCGAGAGCAACUUCCCUCUGAUGAUCCCUCAGGACUACCUGGGUCUGGCCUUUUUCUCCAUGCUCUGCUGCUUCUGGCCCCUGGGCAUCGCUGCCUUCUACCUUUCACAGAAGACCAACAAGGCAUCGGCUCAGGGGGAUUUCCAGGGGGCCAACGCAGCGUCUCGCCAGGCUCUGUGGCUCUCAGUGCUCUCCAUUGUGUUUGGAAUCAUAACGUACAUCUGUGCCAUCGCCGCGUUGAUUUCCUACCUGUCCGGAAAACCACCAUAAAAGCAACUCUUUCGCAAAGGAUACACACACACACACACACACCCACACACACACACAAAAAAACAAAGAACACAGACACAGUUCAUUAAUCCCAACACAUGCCAACAUAUCACCUGUAAAUGUAAAAAUGAUCACAGUCUUUGUCUGUCAACCCUGUCUGCAGUCACGUUUUAUCUACACACCAAGUACAGCAGAGAAGAGAGAGUGAAAACACAAAAGGAGAGCUGGUGUAUAGAUCACAAUCACUUCUAAUUGGAUUAGGACAUGAUUCAGCUCGGAGGACAUUCCUCGCAUGUGAACAAAAAAAAUAAUUGAAAACGAAAGUAUCACUCCAUAUAGAAGAUUAAGUCUGUAAAUGUGAUUUAUUCUGUCACCCGAGGACUUAAGUUACCCGCCAUCUUUUAAAUCUGUGCUGUAGUCGUCAUCACAUUAACCAUUUCAUGUAGUAAAAAAGAAGAAAAAACUGUGACAAACAAAAUGCAGAUGUUAACUCAACACUGCAGAUAUCACUGUCACAAGAACAACGGAUGAAUAAUGAGAAGCAGAAACAGAAGAUAUGUGGCCUCGUCUGCCUCGGAGGGCGGAAAACAACGAGUCGGCAGAUUUAUGAGAAGGUCACAGCAAGGACGUCGCAGCGGCGAAAUCCUGAUGGACCUCGCUUUGUCGGAGGGCCUGAGCCAGCACUGUGGCUCGUGGGGUGAAAGCUGGUGAUGGUUUCAGAGCCCCAGAGCUUUAUUUAAAAAAAAAACAUAUAUGAGGGGCCAGAAGCCAUAACCCAGAAUUCCUUGCUACUCCUCCUCACAGGGAAACACUGCACAUGUACAUUAAUCAACCCAACUUGAUUUCAGCUUCACUCAUUGUUUACCUGCAGAAAAGACUGUUUCUGCUUCGUUUAUGCCAAGUUGAAUAAGUAUCUUUAUGUUGAAAUACACACACAAAAAAAAAGGUGAAUAAAAAUACAUUAGUGCCAUUAUAUAAGGAAAUAAAUAUAAAAGAUUAGGAGUUCGGGAGUUUUCGAAUGAAACGCAAGGUCGUGAUGUGAAACACUGGCUCUAGAUAUAGAAAUAAAAGGAGCUGCUUCUAUUAACAGUGAUAGGAAAUGAUGACACAGACAGAGGGGGUGCAAGGAAAAGUGCCAAAAAUACAGAAGAAACUCUUAAGGAUGAUCCUUUUAUGAGCUAUUCCAUUAAUAGAAGCAACCAGGCUGCCACUCCACGCUCCCCAAAUAUAGAUUCUGCUAUUUUCUCCUCCAGAACGAGGACUGAAAUCCUGCAGGAGCUUGCUUCUUGCACAGUGUGACAAACUGUUGGAAGUCGUCUACCUAAACAUAUGUAAACACGCCCUUUGUUCAGAUGAGCAAACGGGUAAAAAAUAGUCUAAGGAAAACAUCUAGUGCUCAGCCACGUGAUGCAUGAGUCAGUAAAAUCUCUAUUUUGGUCUCAACGGAAACCUGCAUGGCGAGUUUUGUAGUUUGUCAUGUACAAACCUGCUCCAAGCUUCAAUCACUUCCUUUAUUUGAUCCUGAAUUAUUGCAUAAACUGGCUUUGAUGAAAGAAAAACAACUCUGGCCAUAUUGGUUUGAGCUUAAACGUGCCAUUAAUAAAACUGUGAACAAGGGAACUCCAAUUAAAUAUUUUAAAAAAUGACUGUAGGGUGAAAGUUGAUAUUUUCUAUUUAGAUGUAUAGUUUUUAUAGAGUCAACAGCUGAACUACAAAUAACUCAAAUACUUUUUGUUUUCUGCAAACCCAGUGUUGUAUCAAGCUGAUAAUAGAUUAUGGUCACUGUAUGUGGUAUUUGUGGACACACCUGUGAUAUCUCGGUGUCUAACCCUCGUCAGCUAUCACUGUGAUACCGCUGCGCACACAGUGUUGUACAGUUCUGACAAUCCUGAACCAUCCCAUCUCCACUGUCGAUGAAAAACCGACCCUUCGUUGUUACAGCUGAGUUACCACAAUUAGUGAUUCUUAUUCAUGUGGACUGCCUUGACUGAUGCUGUCAUGAGAUGGGCUUUGGUCAGAUUUGUCUCACUUGUAUAAAAGAUAAAACCUGGACGCAGUGAAGUGGACAACUCACGUGAGUCAGUAAAAGGUCAAAAGGUUGUGGCAAAUGAGGUUUAUUAGUACAAGAGAUAUUCAGUUAUUUCCCAGUUCACACCCUUGUAUUACAUGUAAAUAUUAAACUGAGAGAAGAAACAAUGAAUCCCAUUAAAUGCACUUGUUUGACAUUCAUCUUCCCUCUUCUUAUUCUGCACCCUCACUGACAGUUCACCCACAGCACAGCUCACCACAACUGAAUUGAAGCAAAUUAAUUUCUUACAAAAUCAGUACUUGUAUACGUUGUUUUUUUAGGUAAAAAAAAAAAAAAAAAAAAAAAAAGAA